AAUUAUUUUAUUACUACUACUGAAAAAUGCCAAACUAAGUCUGACGUGGUUACGAUGUGGCUGUGGGACCCAUUUCUGACCAAACAACAACCUCUUCAUCGACACAACAUAGACAAUUUCAGCUGAAAUAAACCACCGAUUGUUUGCAAAAUAGGGGGCGGUGUGGAUUUGUCUUUUAGGGCUUCAAACUUCCUUAGAUUUAUGAAUUCGCCCGGUUAAUUUCUCUAUUUCAGCCGCCGGUACCGGUGAAUUCUGGCCGUGGAACUCCUCAAAUUCAGCCGCUGGUGCCGGUAAAAUUCUGGCCGGAGAAAUGGGGAUGGCAUGGGACGAUGUUGUUUUGAUGGAACCCGGUGUGAAAUCGGGUGACCCGACUGUUAUAACCGUGAAUUGCCCCGAUAAAGCUGGACUCGGAUGCGAUCUCUGUCGUAUCGUUCUUGAAUUCGGACUCUAUGUAAACCGCGGAGAUUUUGCCACCGAUGGGAAAUGGUGUUACAUAGUACUAUGGGUUGUCCCACGUCCAAGCUGUCUGAAAGUUGAUUGGGCAAGCUUGAAAAAUCGGCUUAUGUCUGCAUGUCCAUCAUGCAUGAUUCCGUAUUACUUAAGCCAACAGUCCACUUGUUCCCCACGUCCUACAGUUUACCUAUUGAAGGUUUUUUGCCUAGACAGGAAAGGGUUGCUACAUGAUGUUACCAAGGUCCUUUGCGAGCUCGAGCUAACAAUUCAAAGAGUAAAAGUUAUGACAACACCAGAUGACAAAGUUUUGGAUCUCUUCUUCUUAACAGAUGACAUGGACUUGCUGCACACGAAACAAAGACGAGAUGAGACGUGUGAACAUCUAAGUGAUGUUUUGGGAGAAUACUGCAUUAGCUGUGAGCUUCAGUUGGCAGGGCCUGAAUGCGAAGUUCAGCAAGGAUUCUCUUCUCUUCCACAAGAAGUUGCAGAAGAAUUGUUUAGUUGUGAAUUGUCUAAGGAAGCAGUUCCUAAGUCCUCUUCUUCUGAUACGGCAAAAUUAAAGAAGGCAACCAUCACAGUGGAUAACUUAUUGAGCCCAGUCCAUACCUUGCUUCAAAUACAAUGUGUUGAUCAAAAGGGUCUCAUCUAUGACAUUUUGAGGACUUCAAAGGACUGUGAUAUUCAGAUUGCUUUUGGAAGAAUCUUGUCUUCCGCCAAGGGCUAUCGCACCAUAGACCUAUUUAUCCAGAGAACAGAUGGGAAAAAGAUUCUAGAUGAUGAAAACCAAGCAUCCUUGUGUUCUCGCUUGAAGGAAGAGAUGCUUCAUCCACUGCGAGUCACUGUUGCUAGUCGUGGCCCAGAUACAGAACUAUUAGUUGCCAAUCCUGUUGAGUUAUCUGGGAAGGGAAGGCCGCGUGUCUUCUAUGAUGUCACAUUUGCCUUAAAAAAGCUUGGGAUCUGUAUUUUCUCGGCUGAAAUUGCAAGGCAUUCAACAGCAGAGCGGCAGUGGGAAGUAUAUAGGUUCCUUUUGGAUGAAAGCCCAGAGUAUCCGUUAGCCAGCAAGCGAGCUCGAACUGAAAUCUUGGAGAAAGUUAAAAGAACAUUAAUGGGUUGGUGAAAUUCAAGAAUUACCAAGGCACCAAGUCUUUAACUCAGGUCAGCAACAUACAAGUGUUGUCACCAUGUAUAUAUAUCCGCAACAAGACUAAAGCGUAAGGAGAACCCUGGGCUAUCGGAGAACCAUCGCUUCCAAAGUUCAGUUUGUGACUUAUCUAGGCUUCUAUGGGUUAGCAGCUGUAUGAGUUUUAUUUCUCUACUCUCUUGACAUAAAAGAAUCUCCUCCAGUUAUCCAUUUCUUUUCCCUUUCUGCAUAUUCUGUUGUUUAUGGGCAGUGUAUAUUGGUUUAUUCGAAGAUAUAAUGUUGCUUCUCCAUUCCUCAUCGCGAUAUACAGGUUUUGUC